AACAUUUUCACUUCAACCUUUUUUGACGUCUUGGAACUAUUGCCCAUUUAUUACGUAAAUCUGCGAGCAAAAAUUUAUAAUAUAAAGGAUCAGAAUCACAGCAAAAAUGUUGAAGUUGGCGACUACUUUGAGAUUAGUCUCAAAACAGGGCAAUCAGGUGCGUUGUUUGGCCACAGCCACAGCCGCAGGUUACAAGGAGGCAUUAGUCAACGUCCCACCAACAAAACUCUCAGUGUUAGAUAAUGGAAUCCGCGUUGCGUCUGAAGAUUCCGGUGCUGCGACCGCCACCGUAGGACUGUGGAUUGACGCCGGAUCCAGGUACGAAAACUCCAAAAACAAUGGAGUCGCUCAUUUUCUUGAACACAUGGCGUUCAAAGGUACAAGCAAGAGGUCGCAAACCGACUUAGAACUACUCGUAGAAAACAUGGGUGCUCACUUGAACGCGUACACCUCUCGGGAACAGACCGUGUUUUAUGCUAAAUGCCUUGCUAACGACGUACCAGCCGCCGUUGAGAUCCUUGCUGACAUUAUUCAGAACUCUUCGCUCGCAGAGCCCGAAAUCGAACGAGAACGAGGUGUCAUCCUCCGCGAAAUGCAAGAUGUUGAAAGUAACCUACAAGAAGUUGUAUUUGAUCACCUUCAUGCCACUGCCUUCCAAGGCACACCCUUGGGCCAGACCAUCUUAGGACCUACCAAGAACAUCAAGAAGAUCUCCAAGGCUGACCUUCAAAACUACAUCAAGACCCACUACCAGCCUUCUCGCAUUGUUCUAGCUGGAGCUGGUGGAGUUGACCACCAGAAGUUGGUCGACCUUGCCAACAAGCACUUCAGUGGCCUCAAGAACACUGUAUCUGAUGUAGAGCUGAGCCCAUGCCGUUACACUGGCUCUGAGAUCAGAGUGCGUGAUGACUCCAUGCCCCUGGCUCAUGUUGCCAUUGCUGUAGAGGGUGCAGGAUGGACUGAUGCUGACAACAUUCCUCUGAUGGUUGCCAACACUCUUAUCGGAGCUUGGGACCGUUCCCAGGGUGGUGGUGUCAACAACGCCUCCUACCUGGCCCGUGCUGCCUCUGCUGGCAAUCUUUGCCACAGCUUCCAGUCCUUCAACACAUGCUACAAGGAUACUGGACUUUGGGGCAUUUACUUUGUAGCUGAACCCAUGCAGUUGGAAGAUAUGUUGUACAAUGUCCAGAAGGAGUGGAUGAAGCUCUGCACAUCAGUCACUGAGGGUGAGGUUGAGCGUGCCAGGAACCUCCUCAAGACCAACAUGCUGCUCCAGCUGGACGGCACCACCCCUGUGUGUGAAGACAUUGGUCGUCAAAUGUUGUGCUACAACCGCCGCAUCCCCAUCCAUGAGUUGGAUGCCCGUAUUGAAGCUGUCUCCGUGCAGAACGUGCGUGAUGUGUGCUACAAGUACCUGUAUGACCGCUGCCCUGCCGUGGCCACUGUCGGGCCCACUGAAGCACUUCCAGACUACACUAGGAUCCGCGCUGGAAUGUACUGGCUUAGGGUGUAAACAAUUGUAGUUGUACAUUAAUAGAAACAAUUAAACAUUAUUUAAAUCAGUUAAGAUCGGAAAAAAACGCAUUAAACAUUUUUCUCCCAAUGUCUGUUGUUUUAUUGUAAUAAAACACAAUGUUCUUGGUGGAAUUUGUAUUUAUUAUAGAAGAAUAAGAAAUAAACAUGUAAAUAAACAU